ACCAAAAAAAAAAAAAAAAAAAAACAGAGGCCCCCAUCUUGCUCAAGGUCUGUUGGUAGUGUGUGGAGGGACUGGGUCCUUCAAAGCCAAGAAAUCCCCGGGUAAACCUCAGACGCUGUGGCAGGGCCAGCCAUCCUUCCUGUGGGACGGUAGGUGGUCCCUGUAGCCUUCCCCGGAUGUCACAGAGGCAGGACCCAAGUGUGUGGGUAGCGGGGGACUCGUCCUGGGAGUACCAGACAGAGGCCAGAGGAAGUGCUGCAGGGACUGACACGUGGACUUGGGCGGUGCUGCCUGGUGGGUGGGCCUAGCAGGAGGCGGGAGGGCAGAGCAUUGAGACAGGCUGUGCCACACUGUCCCGGCGCCACAACCUGAUGCAGCCAUCCGCAGACCAGGCCGGCAGGGACACAGCUGAGGAUGCCCAGUGGUCCAGGCCUGAAUGCCAGGCGUGGACCGGGAUACUGCUGCUGGGCACCUGCCUGCUGUACUGCGUGCGAGUCACCAUGCCCGUCUGCGCUGUUGCCAUGAGUCAAGAUUUCGGCUGGAACAAGAAGGAGGCUGGCAUUGUGCUCAGCAGCUUCUUCUGGGGCUACUGCCUGACGCAGGUUGUAGGAGGCCACCUUGGGGACCGCAUGGGCGGCGAGAGGGUCAUCCUGCUGUCAGCCUCCACCUGGGGCCUCAUCACUGUUGCCACCCCCGUGCUCGCUCACCUCAGCAGCACCCACUUGGUCUCCAUGGCCUUCUCACGCAUUCUCACGGGCCUGCUCCAAGGCGUGUACUUCCCUGCCCUGACCAGCCUGCUGUCGCAGCGUGUGCCAGAGAGUGAACGGGCCUUCACCUACAGCACCGUGGGGGCUGGAUCUCAGUUUGGAACACUGGUGACGGGCUCCGUGGGCUCCCUACUCCUGGACUGGGGCGGCUGGCAGAGCGUCUUUUACUUCUCGGGUGGCCUCACCUUGCUCUGGGUGUGUUAUGUGCACAGGUACCUGCUGAGUGGAAAAGACCGCAUCCUGGCCCUGGGCGUCCUGGUGCAAGGCUUGCCCCUGGUCAGGCCCUCCAAAGUGCCCUGGAGACAGCUCUUCAGGAAGCCUUCGGUCUGGGCGGCCAUCUGCUCCCAGCUAUCUUCGGCGUGUUCCUUCUUCAUCCUCCUCUCAUGGCUGCCCACCUUCUUCAAGGAGACCUUCCCCCACUCCAAGGGCUGGGUCUUCAACGUGGUGCCCUGGCUGGUCGCGAUUCCUGCCAGUCUAUUCAGCGGGUUUCUCUCUGACCAGCUCAUCAGUCAGGGUUACAGAGCCAUUACCGUGCGGAAGUUCAUGCAGGUGAUGGGCCUUGGCCUGUCGAGCAUUUUCGCACUGUGUCUGGGCCACACGUCCAGCUUUCUCAAGGCCGUGGUCUUCGCGUCGGCCUCCAUCGGCCUCCAGACCUUCAACCACAGCGGGAUCUCUGUUAACAUCCAGGACCUGGCCCCGUCCUGCGCCGGCUUUCUGUUUGGUGUGGCCAACACGGCAGGGGCCUUGGCAGGUGUGGUGGGCGUGUGUCUGGGAGGCUACCUGAUUGAAGCCACGGGCUCCUGGACUUGUGUGUUUAACCUGGUGGCCGUCAUCAGCAACCUGGGGCUGGGUACCUUCCUGAUGUUCGGACAGGCCCAGAGGGUGGACCUGAGCCCUGCCCAUGAGGACUUCUAGCUUCUGACUUGCCAGCCCUGAAGCGUCCUGGUGCCCACAGCCUCCAGGGACAAUGUGCUCCAUUUAAGACUCAGUUGCUCUCUACCUUAGAAGUUGACGCAGAGGACAAAGACCAGGCAGUCAGGUGGCUCCCAAGGGAUCCAAAUGAGUUGGAGGCAGGGGCUGGGGCAGAGGCAGGGCCCGAGAAGGCUGGGUCAGCUCUGGGCUCGUUGUCUCUCAGUCUCUGCAUUAGGGACAGUCCUGCCCUCGCCACAGUUGGCCGCAGCCUGGAGUUGGCUCCCGGUGGGGACACAUGCCUGCAAUGCAGGAGCCACGGGGCAGGCUGAGCCUGUCCACCUCAGUCUGCUCGGCCUUGUUUCUCUGAUGGGUGCCCUCUGUAACGGAGGCCAUACUCUGCACUGUGGGGCAUUUGGCUAGAGGCUAGCACUGCUGACUUGUACGACAGUUGUCGCCUCCUGUGCCCCUCCCUCCAUUCAGGACAAUCAGAAAGGUCUGGAGACAUUCAUCAGAGCCACUGUGCUAGACAAGGCCUCGGUCCUGCUGCUCCCUGCAGCCGGCCUGCCACCACAGGCGGGUGGUGGGCUAGGAGCCCGUAACCACAUCAAGAUGCCCCUCACGGCUCUAGGUUCCCCAUCCUGUGGACUCCUUGGCACUACUGAUGUGUGCUGGGCCCACAGACCCCUGGGCACUCCCCAGGGCCCUGCCCAGGCACCCCUGCUGUCAAGGGAGCAUCAGCACUUCCCUGGUGGUGCAUCAUGCACCCCAGAACAAGGUGGACCCUGCUUUCUGGCCUUAUCCUUCUACCUCCCUUUUUAUACCCCGAGGAGGAGCCGAUGAUUGCAUGAACUAGUAGGUGCUGCAAGGUGAAUAUGUAUAUGUAGAGAAAAGAAACUAUAAAAACAAGGAAAGUUACACCAAAGCUCUAUUUAAAUAACUAUUAAAGUAUUUGAAAAGAA